AUGGAUUUUGAUAAAUAUGUGCACCAUAUUUCACAAAAAUAUCGCCUCGCCGUCGCUAUUUUGGUGAUAAAAACCAAACCGGAGAAUUUAUCAAACGAAGAGUAUUUAAUACAACUUCAAAACAAAAUACGGGAUAUGGAAACUGACCCAAACGAAACUGUGUGUAGCGAAGAUUUUAAUUUUGAUGACGAUGAUAUUUGGAACGAAAAACAACAUGACACACAAAUGCAUUGCACUGAAACUGAUAUUGUAAAUGAAAAUCGGGUAGACUGUUCAGUAGUAGGAAAUGAUAGCCAGGGUAGUCAAACGAUUCUAAAUGAUUCUGUUUUUAACAAUGAUUGCUAUCCGCAAAGAGAUAAUUCUUUAGGAGAUACGAUAAGGUUGCUGAGAGAAGUGUCUACAGUUCAGGCACAGGUAUUUAACUUACCUACUCAUUUGUUGAAACAAUUUCAGCCCGACGUUGACCAAAUGAGUCAAUUGACGUUCUGUGAUAGUCAAAUAAACCCAAAGAACACUGUCACAAAUUGCUGUAACAAACUAAAUGAAAUACAAAAUAAUUACGAGCACCCUAAAAAUAUUGAAAAUGAUAAAAUGGACUCACAAGAAACUCAGCUUUAUACCCUGUAUGGUUUCACGCAAGACUACUCUCAUGUCAGUCAAACUCAGGACGAAUAUUUCAUCAUAUCUGAUAAAUAUAUAAGAAAUAACGCUAACGGUGCACAAUAUAAUGUAAUGGAAGUAAACGAACAGAAUAGAGAUGUGCAAAGAGUUAAUAAUAGUCAAAAUGUGCUGUCAGAAAAUACAAUGCAUGAUAAAGAAAGAGAAAGUAUUGAAAACACAAUUAAUCAAAAUCAGACAGCUGUGAACGUUGAAAAGGAUCUUAGAGAUUCACAAAUACAGUAUAAUUAUCUCAAUGACACAGAAAUUACUCAAAACACUGGAGCAGUAUCUAAAUGCGAUGAUAAUGUAACUAAUAGUGUUGUGAAAUAUAUAGAAAAUGAAAAUAUCCGUAACACAACGACAUUUCAAAAUGAUAUUGCUAAUGCUUUGGAUACAAACAAACACAGUAUUAACAAAACUCUAAACAAUAACAAAUAUGGGAAUAUGACUGAAACGAAUGUAACAAAUACUGUAAAAGAAACAAAUGAUAGUAGCACUUUUUGUAGCCAUAACACAGUGACCAAUGAAUUUACAAACAACAGUGACAAAAACCAAAAUCUUAAACAAGAUAGUCAAUGUAAUAGUGACAUUAACAAAGAAAGGACAGAAAAUAAUAACACUGAUGAUAUGGAACACGGAAUAGAUGAAAAUAUUGAAAUAGCAAUGGAUGUAGAUGAAUCAGAAAGUGAUGAAAAUGUACAAGAAAGAGUGCCGUUCAAAGUUAUUGAAGAAUUGAACAGAGUUAAGACGUUUUUGAACAGGAAAGACAAGAAAUACGAUGGGUAUUCCACUGAUUCUGGGUACAGAAGCGAUUCGCAGCAGAGAAGCUCGCUGAGAAGUUCGUCUCAGCCGUCAGGAGGCUGGUUGAACCAGUCUGCCUUCUGUCUGUUCAACCACAUCAUGCAAGCCAUACCGACUGACGACAUAGUCAAAGAAAUUUCUCAGGUGUUAGGCAAGCUGAUAGACAAGUUACACGAAGACGAAAACUACCCUCCGUUUUUAGAAGAACUACUCGAGACGGUCGACGGCAUGCUUCGCGAUAUACACACGGACGGAUGCACAGACAACUUGCACAACUGGCCGCGACAGGCGCGAGAAGAGACAGAUCGGCGCGACUUGGCGGCUUGUCGCGUGUUGGCAGCACAACUCACGCGCGAGAGCCGCGACAAACUCGCGAUCAGUACGGCUACCACCAGUUUUGACAUUGACAUAACGCUCACGUUUAAACGGCCUCCUAGCCUAGUCGGUAUUGACCCUGCCUACGAAGUAGGAGGUCCCGGGUUCGAAUCCUGGUGUAGUGAGAUUUUGAAUAAAAUUAUAGUAGAAUGCAUGAAUGGUUACAGUUUGGUGGCUUAUGCUGCUCUGCAAUGUUUUAAUUUGAUUCAAGACUAAC